CCGGCCCACGGGCAGGGGGACGGCUGUAGUCCCCCAGGUAGAUAGAACGUGCAAAAUCCACAGAUUUCCCCUCAAAAGGCGUGCCUUCCAGCCCCAGGCAGAAACACGUUUUAGUGCAGCUUCAAACCGAGGAUUAAGCAUGAAGAAGGGUGAGAGAGAAAGGAACAGUUUCUGGAUGCGUUUGGUCUAGAAGGUUCUAGCUGCUGAUAGUUCGCAGUUCCCCAUGGAUGAAUUUGCAGAUUAAAUCUGCGGCAGGUACAAAGCUGGUUCUGUGCAUACCAUAAACCAGACCGUGAUCUGCUGGGGUGCACAGAGAAAAGCAUCUAAGCUGGUUCUGGUCCAACAGGUCUUCUUAGUGGAGACAGCAAAAACGUGGAGGCACUUUUUCAUCCGUCCUCUGACUAAUGUGACCUCACAGUGCUAAGUGUUUUUGUUGGGCAAUGCAGAUUCUGUUUUGUACUCGUAUUGCUUGAGCUGUAUGUUGUAGACUUUAUGUUCCAGCUUUUAAAAAUUGUGGUGUGUAGAAAUGGUGCCAAAUUAACCACAGUUUCCAAAUAUGCUGGAACCGAGUUUAAGAAAGUGAUAAAUAGUAAAAAAAGGAGGUAGGUCUUUUAGUGGAGAUUUUUUGGAGAUGUUCUGCACGUCGUAUAUUUUCAGCCAUUGCCCUCAGUUGCAGUGCAGACUCCUCCAGAAGUGAUUUAAACCCAGAACAUCAGGCUGGCUACAUCCCUUAGUAACUUUUCAAAGACUGCUUAGAUGUUGUCUAAGGGCUUCCAUUAAGGUACAAUACACAAAAGUUGAAAAUGAGUUGUCUAUUGGGGUGCUUUAUGGAAAAGAAGGCGCAGAGAAUAGAAAAGAGGCAGGGGGUGUUUUAGGUGAUAUCAAUGACACCGUUUUCACUAGGUUAUGCUAGGGUGGAAGACAGGUCACAAGAGAGACAAAAAGUCUGUCUCUCUUCUUUUAAGCCCUUUAAGACUUUUAAAAUAUGUUUAUAAUACCACAGCACUGGAAAGGAACCUCAAUGUCAUAUCAGGCCUGUUUUCAGAAGAUAAACAGUAGAGACAAUUUUGAAAGUUAAAGAGAGUAACUAAGCAAGGUGGGGAGAGUAUGAAAGAUUUCAGAACUUGAACGGUACAAGUAGGAGAGGUGAAAAUGAAAUUUUUUGGCACUAGCUUUCAGGCUACUGCUGAAAGGCAAGUAAGAAGAGUACCUAAAAUAGCAGAGAAUAGCCUGGGCAAUAAAAUGUCCUAAACCAACUAAUUGCAGUGAGACUCUGGAACAGACUUGCAGGAGGUGAAGCCUGGCUAAUGCUUGUCUGCAACUUGUUAUGUUUAUGAAUAGGUUUAUGUAAAGACUUGUUAUAUAUAACAAGGUUUGGACAUAAAGCCAUUAAAAGGUGCGCAGAGAGCAACACAGCUCAGCUGUAGCUUCUACUAAGUUGAAAAAUAAUAUGAUUUAAGAGAUCAGCUUGUAGUACCUCUGCUUGGUGCAUUAUAAAAUAUAAUGAUGCAUAAUAAGGAGGAAAUGACUAGUUUAUAUGAAUUGUGCUUUGUUGUUGAUGUUGCAAGCAGUGGUGUUACUCUUGAAGCCUACGGUAAGGUACAAACGUUCAUCAGUCUAAUCCUAUGCUGCUAAUUUGUGUGACACUUCAUGUUAGGCCAUUAAGGAUGUCAGCCACUGCCUGCCAACCAAGUUAAACCUUAUCCAUUUGUCAUUCUCAGAUUCAGUGAGUUGUCCUGUUAUCCUUGCUUUCCCCUGCUCUUGAUAGUAUAUAGCAAAACAAGUCCUGUGCUGUCCUUUUAGUUUAGAAGAGAGAAAGUUGUUGUUUCUCCUUAUCCUUUACCACAUCACUGCAGACAGCAGUAGAUUGGCAUGGUCCACAUCCAAAGAGCAUUUGACACAGGUCUCUUUUCUCUUUCUCUUCAAAUGAAGAACUGUGGUGUUACACUCAUCCCCUGCUUCAAAACCUAGCAGCAUUUAAAGGGGAAUAAUCCGAACAUAAUAUAUAUAAUAUAUAGCAUAAUAGCAGGCAUGCAAAUGAGACCCAAACCCUCCACCGUAGGAUUAGAAAAGGGCUCUGUAUCUGCAAUUCUGAGAUUUUGUAGCUGUUCUUUUCGUUGUUCACCAGCAGAUGUCAGCACUUUUCUGAAACUACAGGCCAUAGGACUUACUUAAAUGAAAGUUCUCAUUUUCUAAGUUAUUUUCUAGUAAGGUUAUGGUUCCUUCUCCUGUGCUUCUGCACAUAAAUACUUCAUAUUAUUUGGGAAUUUCAUUUAUGUGAUACGUGCUGUCCUUUUUGGAUCACAGAUAGAGAUUUUAAAAAAGAGUAAGUAGGACUUUUUUGUAUAAACAUCUCUGGCAUCUGUGUCUUUACUGAUCAUUGCCCAUGAGCCUACUUUCAGUUCUUAGGAAUUUAGUCAAAUUCAAUUUUAAUUAAAAUUUUAAUUACAUUUUCAAAUGCAAAAUUAUUUAAAAUCACCCAUGCAGAUGUUAUAUACAUACUUUCAUUGUGGUCUUUCCUUAUCUUUAAGAAGUAAUUGAGAUUGCUGUUCAGCUGUGUGUUUAGACACUAAGGAUUUCUAUUUCUUUGCAUUCUGUUAGACAGUGAGUAGCCCUAAUGCGUGCACGUUAAUAUCAUCAGAAAGGAUGGGCAAUCCCUGUUGAUUUUUUCCAUAGGAAAGUACUACCAAUAACUAAUUACAGGUGGCAAUUGCCUGAUAGAUUCUGCUGCACCUUUACUAAAAAUUGUACUGUAUUUGUUUUCAACUUGUUUUCUAAUAACUCUAAUACUAUUAAAAAAAUAGUAACUUCCUUUAGUAAUUGCUUUCUUGGCCUUGUCUUUGUUAACCUGGUUCUGUCAGUCUGUAUGGAUUACAUUUUUUCUCCAUAUGGCUUUUAUCAACAGCCACCUUUGGAAGGUAUAAACUGUUGGAGGAUUUUUGUGAUGAUGCUCUUGGUGUAUUUAGCUUUUAUUUGUCAUUUUUGAGUUGUUAUUAAUUUCACAACCUCACCUACUUCUUGUCUGCCUCUGUCUUCCAUUGAUCUACUAAGCUUUAUUUCUUUGACUUUUUUUUAUGUAACACUGUGGUGGUUUUACCCUGCUGGGCAGCUAAACUCCACCACAACUGCUCUUUCACAGAGCUGGGGGGGUAGGAACGUGUUGGAGGGAAUCUUGAUGCUGUGCCAGCUCUGCUCAGAAAUAGACAAAACAUUGGUGCGGUAUCAGUGCUGUUCUAGCUACAGUUCUUUGCACCUGGAUUUAUCGCUUUUCCUCACAACCUUUCUUACACAUAGGUUGGUCUUUCCAUUUUUCCAUAUUGAAAAAGGUGGAGAAACAUGCAGGACAUAUCUGAGGUGUUCAGUCCUGAGAGUUUUUGUCCCCAUCUUCAGAUUAACACAAAUUUGAGCCCAUUCUGAAGUGAUCCAGCUUCACAGUUCUGCUGAAUGUUUUUCAUACCCUGUCGGAGACCAAGUUCCUGAUCAUCUGGCAGGGCAGAGCUUGAGCAUGUUACUGUCGUAGCAGCAGCCCAAGCUCUCACUUGUAUGCUUAAGCCAGCUGUAGUGCCUACUUAUUCUUGCAGGGUAGACACUGGAUUUCUUUAUAAGAAUAUCACAGAACUUUUAAGUACACUUGCAGUUUUUAUGUACGUUAAAUUUGCAUUUAUGCUACACAGUUCAAAAAUAAUAUGAUUUUUUUUUCUUCUGAACUGGCAACAUUUUUUUUCCUUGUUAAAUAGAGCAUUGUCACACAGCUCAGACAAUCUUGUGGAGAAGAAAUAAAUCUUCAUGUGUAUUGUAUGUCAUCAGCUUUCUUAAGCACUUCAGAUUAUGACCUCUAGUUUGUUUUUUUUUGACUGUGUUGACAUAAAUGUAUCCUCCUUCCUGUGUCUUGUAGCCUUUAAAUUAUUUUUUUUAAGUUAUUGUGCCCUUGCAGGUCACUGUUGCCAUAUGGAUACUGGGACUUGCCAUGGUACUGGUCAUUCUACAGGGCCUAUGAGGACAACAUUCUCCAGGUUUCUACGGUCACUCUUCUUUGUUUCUAUCCCAGACUAAUGAGAAUGCAUGUUGUAGGCUCUCUGUGGAGGUAAGGAUUUCUGAUGCAGAUAAUGUUUGCCUUUCUUGUUUCAAUUUGGAAUGUAGAUGAGCAGGAAAUAGUUGAGUUGAUAAUUUCAAGAUUGGUUGGAUGAAUGUCUGGGAAGAGCUUUGAGGACCUGCUCCACAAUGACACAGGAGGAUUAUGAUAUUCUCCUGUUAUGGGUUCAAAGCUUCUUCUUACAGUCACCUGGCAGAACAUGGAAUCUUAAAGUUCCAGCUGUGAGUGUUCAUCUAGCAUGCCAAAGGGCAUUGCUCGAGGCAUGAAAUUUGUGUUCUAAGUUAGCUAUUCUGGGACAAAACUCAUAUAAAGGCAUUUCUGGAGCCCAAUGUCAUUUCAGUUCUCCAUAUAGGCCUUGAACCAGUGACACUGGCUUCAUCUAGUUGGAAAGGACUGCAUCAGAGCUAGUUGCCCUGUGCUCCAUUUAAAAUUAGGAGAGAUCCAGUCACUAGAUUAUAUAGGGUGAUCUAUUUCACCCUAAAGAAAAGUUUUAAAGCAGGUCAGAUGGCUUUUUCCAUCCAGUUGCAUGUUUUUCUCCACUGAUAGAAAACAGAGCUCACAGUGACUAGCUCAGUUUUAAACAUCUGCAUUUUGAAAGGUCACAUCUCCCUUCUGCUUUGCAAGUCUCUUAGCUGUCUUCAAAAUAGUUUUGUCUGCCUAAGAGAUUUUUUUUCCAGAAUCUACUCCAGCGCUGCCCCAGACUGCUAAUGGUUUAGUCAUUAAUGCACCUAGUCUCCUUCUGUUUCCCAAUUAAGUAGGUACUCACAAAAUCAAAUAAAAUAAAAAUCCAAUGUUGAUGAUGAACAGACAUCAUGGAUAUAAGUACUUCUGUCUCAUCAGCAAAUGCCAGAUGUUGGCAUUCAUCUCCUUGCUCACUCUGUAGAUAAACGUGUUAAAAAGCAAGAGCCUGCCAGUUCUUUACUACAUGCAUACCUUGCAGCUUACCUGAUGCAUAGUUACUUGUGCGGACAGCUAGACUGUAAAGCUGAAAGAGGAAAGACUGGAAACUGCAAGAGUCCCCCCUGAUUAGGAACAGCAUCCAAAUUGCUAAGAAUCGUGUCUCUCACUCUCUCACUUAGGCUGCCUGUGUUCUUAACAAGUGAUCUACCUCCAGUGACUGUCCUGUGCCUUUUGCCCUCCCCCUCUCAGAUACUGCACAUUCCCCUACAUUUUAGCUAUGACAGGCUUUGCAGCAACCAUUAAGGACUCGCUCCAGAGUGACUGAGCACUUGAUACGAAGUCUGUUCCCAUAUUCACCCUUAGAACUCACUCCUAGUCAUGUGUCUGCCAGGGAUCUUCCUAAAUGGACCCAACGGUUUUCCUGCCUCCAUACCAUGUCCCUUUUGCCUGGGUGUUCUCUGUGCUGACUGUGAUGGCUUUUGGACAGAAGAUGAUGGAAUCUUAAGUCUGCAUUUAAUGAAGCCACCAUACCUUUCCGUGUAAUUUUUGUUCCUUUUCCACAGAGAGAAGAAAGCCUAGGACUGGUCAUCUGACAGGAUUUACAGAUGUAUGCUCCAAUCCCUACUCUUAAUAGUCUCAGCUCUGUAGGGAAUGGGAACUGUCUGGAAGUGAGAGGUGGAAGGGGCAGGACGGAGGACAAAGAAUUGAGUCUUUAACUCAUUCCAGACAUUGCCAUGGAAAAUUUGCAUUUCCAUGUUAACAAGGGAGGCAAAUGGUAGUCAAGAUCUUCCUCUUCCCUCUGCAUGUAACCAGAGCCAAAUUUUAUUUCCUCCAAAUUGACAUGUCAGACACACAUCUGUCUUCUACAGGUUCCUCUAAUUCUCAUUAGACUUCCAUGUUCUCUGUCCCUACUGUACCUUCUACUUUCUCUGUUUAGAAAGAGGGAUUUGCCUGUAGUUGUUUGCGCUGGGUCUAAUGAGUACAAUUCCUUCCUCUUUCCACGGUCAACUGGUUAAUACAAUAUUAUGGGAGAAAUCAUAAAUACAUAGAAAUUGGGAAUUCUGUUAUGUGGUGGUCAUUGUGUCCUGUAAACAUAGAGUUUAUGUUUGCAUAACAUAAAGACAGCCAUAUCUUUUUCUCGCUAAGUGCCAGGAAGUACCCAUCCUUUUGUGGGAUCACAGCCCAGGAUUUUAGCUUCCAAAUCUUGUGAUAAGAACAAGAGUGGGUGCUAAGAAUUAAGGGCUGCUUUAUUACUGAAUUUACUUCAAACUAUAAUCCUGGAGGGUAGUCCUCAGAUGGAGUACCAGUUACUGAAACUAAAUGACUAUUCACCUGAUUUUCCUCUCCCUUACGCCAUAGUCAGUGUACCAGUAUAGUUAUAUUAGUUUUAAAUCCACAGAAGCCAUCAGAAAGAGACUAUUAUUUUCCCAGGCUGUGUUACUACUUCAUUGCAUGAUUCCUGGCAAACAACCUAAAUCACUUAGUAUUUGCCUUUAAAUGUAGGGUUUAUUCAAACCCAGGGAAACAAAGCUGGAAUUCAGACUAAGCUGGCAAACAAGCACUAAAUUUCUGGGCAGUGUUAAUCAGCAACUUUCACUCAGAAAUCAUAUAUAAAACAGCAGUGAAGUCUUAGGAGAGUUUAUGCGAAAAACUCAGAGCUUCCAGGUUUGUCCAGAGGAUAGGCAAGGGGAAUGAGCAGUCAUUCUUGAUCAGCUUGCAGUUUUUGAGCACCUUGCGGCUUAUGACGAAUAAAUCUGUGUCAAGGAUUCCACUUCUCCAGAAUCUCUCUAUUUUCCUGUGUUAGCGUGCCAAGGAUUAGGUUUCAGGGUAGCCAAAUUUGAAAUGUAUGUGAAGACCACAGAGACUCUGGUGUUGGCACAGGACGCUGCCAGGGAAAGGGCGAAGUCUGCCCCAGAAGAACUCCUUCUCUUGCCAUAGGCGUUGUGCUCCAGUCAGCCUUGUGAAUUUGGAAUGACACAAAGUGGGUGGAACUUGGUCAAACUCUCCUCCUCAAACUCUUCCUGUUUGCACAAUCACAGAAGCCUCCGCUCAGCAGGACGAUUUUGCUGAAGAGGUAGUCCAAACUUUCAACCUGAGGGAAGCUAAAUAUAGCACGUGUCACCCAACAGACUUCAAAGGACUUGGCAAUAGAGAUAAGAGUGGCUUGAAGAUGAAACCCUCUGCUACCUAUGAGCUGUUAGUAGACGGUGUUGGAGAAUGGGACUUCACUGGUGGUUUUGUUCCUUGUGAGCUGCUGCUUGUUGGAGAGGAUGCCUACCCUGUGCUUCUGAGCGCUGAGAAGCAGGUUCUGAUCGCUGUUUCACGGUAUGGGAAAGGCAAGAUGGUGGUUGUUUCCCACGAGGGAAUCAUGAAGAGCUCCAAGUUUUCCCAGUUCCUCAGAAAUGCCGUGGAGUGGCUCAAGCCUUCCCCUGCAGCCCUGGUUGGGUCCCAUCACCGUUUGGAUUCCCUCUCCCAGCUGCUCCUCAGGGCUGGCAUCAAAGUAGAGGCUGGGGCAGAGCUCAGCACCCACCACGGGGUGUACUGUAUGGAUGCCUAUGACAGCACUCAGGCAAAAGAUGUGGUUUGCUUUGUAAAGGAAGGUGGAGGUCUGCUCAUUGGAGGCCAGGCUUGGCACUGGGGUAGCCUACAUGGGAAGGAGAAGGUGCUGUUUGAAUUCCCUGGGAACCAGGUGACCAGUGUGGCUGGUGUGUACUUCACAGGAAAUACUGCAGGAAAAGGGAUCUUCAAAGUUGCCAAGAAAAUUCCAAAGAUCCCCUUAACUGUUCUGUGAAACUGUUGGACUGACACUGAGCUGAGGAGGCAGGCCUGGCGCCACCUCCCUUCUCCAGGAGACAACGGCUGUGGGCAGGAACCCACUGUGCUUCAAGUUAGUUUGGGAUUCUAGCUUGGCCUUUUGGUCUCAGAGCAGCAGGUGUGAAACUCUGAGCUGUUGCGUCUUGUAUCGCAGAGCAGACAGCGGUGCCCUGAAUGUUGCUCUUGUCUUCCUCCACCCCCACUUGCCACUGAGAGUGCUGGGCUGUGCCUAGCACCACUUUCUGCUCAGUUAGGGAAAGUGGCAUGGGAUCUAGAUGGAGCAGGAGCGGUGCUAUGC